AGCCGAGCCGAGGCUCAGGGCCCGGGGAGGCCGACGGCGCCCUGCGCAACCCGGCGCGCGCGCGCGCCCGCCCGCAUGCGCCCUCGGCCGCCGCUCGCCUCGGCGCUGCCUCGGGCGCCACUGGCGGCGGGCUCGGAGAUCUUGUCCGUGCCCGCCGCGCAAGCGGCGACGCCGCAGUCUGUGACGAGCGCCAACGCCGGUGACUUCCACCCGAACGAGGACAGGGUCGUGCAGGGCCGCGGGACGUGCUGGCUCGAGGACGGGUCCGAGGUCGACGCGCGAGGUCGUGGGCGUCGUCGACGGCCACGGCGGCUCCGGGGCCUCCGACCUGAUCGCGGCGGAGGUGCUCGGGAUCCUCGGCGAGCACCUGGAAGCCUCCCUUGGGGACGCCGUGGCCGCGCUCGGCGCCGCGUUCGCCGACCUGGAGGACCCGAUCGGCGCUGUCUGGAGCUGGAGCCCCCGUCGGGCGCGUGCGUGUGCCUCUGCGUCGUCAGUGGGGACCGGGUCGUCGUGGCCAACGUGGGCGACUGCAGGGCCGUGGCGCUGUCCUUCGACGGCGAAGGGUGCGCCCUGAGCGUCGACCAGCGCUGCGGGGAGGGGCCCGAGUACGCGAGGAUCGUCGAGGCGGGCGGCGCCGUCGUCGGCAACGCCGUGGAGGGGCUGAUGCCCGCGCGCACGGUGGGCGACGCGGACGUCAAGCGCCUCUGCCCGCCGAGGGUGAUCCUGGCCGAGCCCGAGGUCCGCGCCUGGGAGGGCCGCGGCGUCGUCGUGCUGGCCACGGACGGGGUGUGGGACGUGGUCGGCAGCGAGGAGGCCCUCGAGCUGAUCCCCUACAAGGGCAGGGCGCUGCGGCGCGAGUGCCGCGACCCGGGGGCGUCGUGCGCUCGGUCUCGGGCGCGGAUCGGGGCCGGGCCGCCCUGGCCUGCGGGCAGCCAUCUCUUCCCCAAAGACAUCUUCGCGUCGUGAGACGAUCACGGUGGUGUCGCAGCUCUGCACGCCGUGGCGCGUGCUCACUGCCUCCGGAUGCCCGCGGCGCUCGCGUCCCGUCGGCUCCGGAAUCGCAGUACGGAUUGGUGCACUACGCCUGCUCUGCCACUGCCCGCCCUCCACACCUGCACUGACCUCAACGUGGGAGCUGAUGGCGCUGGGCUCCAUCGUCUCCCCACCUUCGCCGCAUGAGCCAGUCGCCCUCCUCCGCCCUCCUCCCUCCCUCCAUCCCUCCUCG